AUGGUUGCAAGGAAAAACAAAAACAAAAGCCCUGUUGUUGUGCCAAGUGGAAGAAUUACAAGGAUCCAAGAUGUUCUGUUAGAUGAAUCUGAAAAGGGAAGCCAGAAGAAGGAUGUUGAACCUGCUGAAGAAACCGCAAAAAUAGGACAGAAGAGAAGAAUGUCUACAAGGACUUCUAUUCAAAAGGAAGCUGAUGCACCAUCUCCAGCACCUACUCCAAUCAGAAAAAUGGCAGGUGCUUCUGCUGAAUAUCCUCCAGCACCUUCUCCAACCAAAAAAUUGACAGGUGGGAAAAAGAAAACUCCAGCACCUACUCUAAUCAGAAAAAUGGCAGGUGCUCCUGCUAAAUAUCCUCCAAACCAAGACAAAAAGGGUGGGAAAAAGAAAACUCCAGAAGAAGUGAAGAAAACUUCUAAGGUUGCUGGCAAAAGAAAAGCAGUCCUACCAAGAGAAAUGAUGGAAAGAGAAAAAAAAAUACAAGAAGUACCAUCAGAUGAACCAUCUCAAGAUCCUACUGAUGAAAGUUCUACUGACAGUGAUGAUGAUAGUGAAGAGUCAGUUUAUAGAGCAGAAACAGAGCCUGUCAGUGAGGAUGAUUAUGAGGUGGAGGAAGAGGAGGAAGAGGAAGAAGUAAAGCCAAGGAAGAAACAGGCAAAGAAAGGGAAUUCAGUGAAGGAAAAGGCUAAAAAGGAGGAGCAAAAGAUGGUACUGUAUGAUGAAGGAAUGAUUGAAGGUAGGGGAAAAAAGAAAAUGAAAACUGAAAUUGUUCAAGCAAUGGAAACUGAUGAAGUUGAGGAAAUUCAGGAAGAUGAAUUUGAGGAAGAGAAAUCUUCAAAGAGAGGAGGACAUGUGAAGUUCAUUGCAUGGAUAAAAAAGAUGACACCUACCCAAAAACAACAAGUUGUUGAUAUAGGGUUAGGAUCACUUCUUGACAUUAGAUUACCUCAACUUGAUCAAAAGUUCUGUAAUUGGUUAUUGGGAAGUUUUGAAGAAAAUAGCCAGUGUUUUGAACUACCAAAUAAUGAAAAAAUAAAAAUUGAGGUAGAGGAUGUUAGGGUAGUUUAUGGCUUGCCUACAGGAGAAAUUCCAAUUGUUGAGCCAAAGUCUGAUAAAAUUAGUGAGGAGUAUGCAGAAUUUCUGAAGAAAUGGAGAAAAUCAUGGUCAGGAAAAACUCCAUCAGUGAGUCAGAUUGUGAAUGGAUACAUAAAUGAUAAAUUACCAACAACAUACCACCAAGUGAACAUUUCAUUACUAACUUUUUAG